GCGAUCGUCAAUAGCAGCUACUGGAAUAUCACUAUUAAACCGAAACAAGUAAAGUGUCUGGAGGUAGUUUAUCGUGGAAAGGAUACUGUCGGUUUUCUGCCAACGGGAUAUGGAAAAUCCAUAGUCUUCCAUCUGCUGCCUGGAAUUUUUUUGGCAAAAGUCAGUUCUCGAUCGACAGAACAGUCGCCUAUUCAUCCGGUUAUUAUCGUCAUUUCGCCGUUGAAUGCUUUAAUAAGUGAUCAGAUCAGAAGAAGUACCGAGGGAAAAGUCAAAGCGGCUAUACUCAAUGUGAGAAAGGGAAAGAACGGUGAAGACCUUGAGUUCAAUGAUACUAGCGUUGCAAACUCCUCUUGGCUCAAGGAUGCGAGAUAUGACAUAAUUUUUACCCAUCCUGAGGCCGUUUUGCCAUGCAAAAAGGGGAUGGAGCUGUUCCAAAGCCAACCGUAUCAACAGUACGUCUAA